AUGUCUUAUUCUAUACCAUCCAAAAUGAAGGCCUGGGUUUACAACGAGUAUGGUGGCGUUGAGGUGUUGAAACUUGAGGCCGAUUAUGCAGUGCCGGAAGUGAAGGACGAUCAGGUCUUGAUCAAGGUGGUGGCGGCGGCUCUUAAUCCUGUUGAUUACAAGAGGAGGCUGGGGAAAUUUAAGGCCAUUGAUUCGAAGCCUCCUACUGUUCCAGGCUACGAUGUUGCUGGUGUGGUAGUUAAAGUUGGUAUUGAAGUAAAAGGCCUAAAAGAAGGAGAUGAAGUAUAUGGCGACAUAAAUGAAAACGCACUAGAACAACCUAAACGAUAUGGCUCCUUAGCCGAGUACACAUCUGUGGAGGAAAAAUUACUAGCUCUUAAGCCCAAGAAUCUUGAUUUUGCACAGGCUGCUAGUCUUCCUCUGGCAAUUGAAACCGCCUACGAAGGUCUUGAAAGGGCUGGAUUUUCUGCUGGAAAAUCCAUACUCGUUUUAGGCGGUGCUGGGCAGGGAGAUAGGGCAGUGAAAGUAGUGAAGGAAGAUGGCUGUGUAGUAUACAUAGCUGGUGCAGCAACACCACCUGGUUUUUCAUUUUUACUUACUUCAAAUGGAGAAAUGCUGAAGAAGCUAAAUCCAUUUCUGGAGAGUGGGAAGGUGAAGCCGGUGCUCGACCCUAAGGGGUUAUUCCCUUUCGACAAGGUUAAUGAAGCUUUUGCUUAUCUAGAAACAAACCGAGCCACCGGAAAGGUGGUUAUAUAUCCAAUUAAUCCGUGA